AAGACGAUGGCUACAGCGGAAGCGGGAUCCCAGAGUGUCUCGUUUACGCCCUGUUGCAGAUAUGCAGGUGUCGGACGGAGAGUCGGACGUAGAGGUGAAGCCGCGCAGGAGACCCCCGGUGAGGGAGGAGGAGGAGGAGGAAGAGGAAGAGGAGCAGGUGAACAUUGAAGUUGAGGAGGAGGAAGAGGAGGAAGAGGAAGAGGACGGUCAGGAGGACGAGGACGAGGACGAGGACGCGGACGAGCCGCAGGAAGAUUCAGACCUGGAUGAGCUGUCUACCCCGGAAGACGACACCCCCGUGCCGGCGCAACCGCGCCUCAAGAUACGGCUCAAGCUGCCUGUCCACGGCAGUUUGACAUCCAGCGCUGUACCUACCCCGGAUGAACCUGCGUCUCGAGCAGACGUCGACAUCGAAUCUGACGGCUCCGACGAGGACGACGAUGACAACUUCGACGGCGCACGCUCGACGCGCUCAGGUUCAGCUGCCGCAUCCUCCACGUCAAGGGCGAUGACUGCGCGCCAGGCUGCACACGCCGGUGUCGUCGAGACUACCCACGUCUCCCUAACCGACGAACCUUCGUCCCGGAAAAAGAAGCUAACAGAAGCCGAGCUCGCUCUACGACGCGAGGAGACCGCCCGCAAGCGGAAACACCUCUCCGAGAAAAAGAAGGAAGAGGAGAAGGCAGAGACCAUCAACCGCCUGCUCCGCGCCAAAUCCUCGCGGACCCGGGGCGGCCGGCGCCGCGGCGGCGCCCCCGUGGUCGUCGAGGACACCCCCGCCGACUCCAACGCCAACCCCACGCCAGACGAAGAGGCGGGCGAGGCCGCAGACGCAGACGGGGCGGCCAUGGACACGAAGGAGGACGCGGCGCCCCCGCCGACGGCGUACCGCUGGGUCUCCAGCGCGAAGGGAGACGGCGAGGAGAAACGGAUGGCGCUGGUGUUUGCGGUGCCUCCGAAUGUGCUCGCGCCUGUUGGGGGCAAUGCGCUGCCGCCGCCGCCUGUGCACGUGGGUGCGGUGGAGAAGCCCAGGUGCGAUGUGGAGGGGUGCGGGGCUGUGCGCAAGUACAAGCUUGUCAAGGAUUGGAAUAAGGGUGCGUGCGGUAUGGCGCAUUUGAAGUUGCUUGAGAGUGCAGCCAUGGACGUCUCGAGUUGACAAGCCGAUCCCCAUUGUGCAUGCGCUACUCUGGAUUGGCGGUCUGAAUUCCGGACACAGUGUUUCGCUGCUGCAUUUGCUCCUUGCUUUCGGAUAUCUCGUGUUGUAUUAGUACGUGUAUAUUUAUCAGUUCUACGAAAGACCAAACACUUCAAUUA